AUGGUGGCCCGCAGUGGGUCUGGCCGAGGGCGGGAUCGCAGUCGGCGUCGGAGGAGCCGUCAGGGCCGCCAAGGCAGGCAAUCUCCACAGACACGCCGAGGUCGAAGCAACAGCAACCGGCGCCGAAACGACCGGGAUGGGCGCAGGCCUGAUCGGUCGCGCCGACGCCUCGCAAGAGGUGGUGGAGACCACCGAAAGCGAGACGAGCGAAGUGAUAGAGCUUCGAGAGGAAACCUUCGUGCUCGGAGUGGCUCCGAGGAGGAGCCUAGCUUCAAAAGGCUCCUGGAGGCGAAGCGAGCCAAGCGCCAAACAGGGCGCGAGAAGAGCGAAGAGCCGGCCAGCGAGGGCUCGCAGUCGCCAAAAAAGGAUCGCAAGAGCCGGCGGCGCAGGAGACGGAAGGAUGAAGAGGAAGAGGAGGCCUCCGAGAAUGGUGAGAAGGAGCCGGAAGCCGAAGAAAAGGACGGCGACGGCGACGGCGACGGGGCUGUGGAGGGAGAGGCAGAGUCCCCUCAAAAAGAGGACACAGAGGUAGAGGCCGAAGAGGAGCACGAGGACCAAGAGAAAGAAGAUGAACACGAGGACAAGGACGAGGAGAACAAAGAUGAAGAUGAGAAGGACGACGAAGACGCGGAGAAAGAGUGCACUGAAGAAGCCAGCCAGGAGAAGGACGAGGAAGAGUCGCAGGACGCAGAGAAGGAGUCCGAAGCUGAACCCGAGAAGUACGACGACCUCGCUGUUGAUGCCAGUGAGCUUGCUCAGUAUUGGCAGCAGGAGACCCUGCAAGAGGAGGUAAAGGAAGCCGAGGUGGAGGUGCCGGCUAUCGCUGCAAGACCCAAGGUUCGCCCCGCAGCGCGGAAGACUGCCCCGUCUCCGGCACGCAGCCCAUCGGCCAGGAAGAGCGAGGAAGCCAAGGAAGAAGAGGCUGAGGAGUCCGGGGCGAAGAGCCAUGCCUCCAGUGCCAGCGAAGAUCAGCAGGACAACUCGGCCACCGACGCGAAGAUUGCCGCAGGACACGGCGACGGGCAUGAGAAGAUCAGGGUCAAGCGCAAGCGGCGACGGAGGAAGCGACGGCCGGAGGAUGGAGAUCGAAAGGCGACAGAUACAGAGGAGAAGCAAGAUCACGCGGACGUGGUGGCCAUGGUCGUCGCAGCUGCUGAUGAGCUUGCUGGAGAGGCUGCAGGUCAGAAAGAACUCCAAAGCAUGACGAACAACGACCACAAGGAUCAGAAAGCCGAUGAUGCCGAGGAAGGUUCAGAAGCUGCGAGUGAAGACGGUGAAAAGAAAGAGGAAGGCCAGGAAGUUGAGGAAGAGAAGGAGGCAGCGCAGGCCGAGGAGGCGGAGGAGGAGAGGGAGCUUACUCUGAAGAUCGCCCUUGAGGCGAAGGCUCUCAUUCAAGAGGUCUACCGGCGCCGCAACCCAGCCAAACUUGGAGAGGUGAAUGGGCUCAUGGAGAGAUAUGCCGGGUCAGAGCUUGCCCUAUACGAGCGGGUCUGCGAGAAGUACGGGGAAGAAGCGCAAGAUAUCGAAGGCAUCUUCCAGAAGGCCGCUCAAGAGGUCGCAAGCAGACGAGCUGAACUUACGGCACCUGCGCCGGAUGAGCCCCCGCCCACCAUUGCCGCCCGCGCCAAGGGAGCCUCCAAACCAAGUCGGCGCAAUGACGCAGCUCCAGGUGUUGCGGAUGAAGCCCCCGAGCAAGAAGAAGCAGACGUACCAGAAAAGCCUGCUGAUGAGGUGUUGGCUGAAGCCAUGCAGGAGGUUGAAGAAAGUAAGCGAGAAGAAGAGCCCAGCCGCAAGAAGAAGCGAAAAGUCCGCAGCCCUGGGGAAGGAGCGGCGGCUCCGGAGCACCGAACUGGCGUGCGGAGGGUGAAGCGCAAGCGCCGAAGGCGCGUACCGAAGGCCGAGCACGCGCAGGCCAAGGUGGAAGGAGAGGAUGGCGACGAGGCGCCGGAGACAAAAGAAGUCGACAGUGAGGACCGGAAGAGUCAAGAGCAAGCGGAGGCGGAGGUUGAAGACGGAAAAGCAGGCGAGUCUCCAGAAGUUGAGGAAGACAAGGGAGAAUCGGAAAGGGAGGGUCAAGAGAAGAGCAGCGAGCCAGAGGAAAACGAAGAGGAGCAUCAGGAGCCAGCCCCAGCUCCCCUCGUCGCCCCAGGUCUUCCGACUCCUGGAACAAAAGCAAAGGCAGCGCCCAAGCGACGUCCGCUGGAGCAGAGCCAGCAGAAGGGCGUGGCAGACCUUGAGCCCGAGCAAGCGUCGCAGCAUUCUGAAAGCGAGGCCCAGCAGGACGAGAAGGAGCAGAAGGAUAGUGAAGCUGAGGAUGCCAAAGACGGAGAGCAGAAUGAUGAUGAGGAGGAUGAUGAAGCAAUCCAGACUGGAGCUGACGCCCAGCAAGGAGAGGCGGAGGACGAAGAUGUUGCAGACGAACAGGAGGACGACAAAAUGGAAGGGGAGGACAAGCACGAGGAGGACAAGGACGGCGAUGAUGCCGAAGGUGCGGAGGAGGAAGAGGAGCGAGACGAGGACAGCAAGACAGAGAAGAAAGCCGACAAGUUCUCCUUGACAAAGAUCGUGGAGUUGAUCCGAGAUGUGUACAACCGGCGCAAUCCGGCCAAGCUAAGUGAAGUCAAGGACCUUCUGGCCAAGUACCAGGGCCAGGAGAGAGAACUUUAUCGCUUGAUCUGUGAAAAAUAUGGCGAAGAGCCAAAGCUUGCGGCUCUGGAAGAUGACAAGUCGGAAGAAAGCCAGAGUGAGAGCGCCAGCGAGAGUGCCAGCAAUGCUCGAGUUGGACAUGGCCGUCGCGCUGGACGCAGACGUCACCGCUCGGGUCGGACCGGUCGGCGCAAACACGAGGGCCGCCGUGACCGCGAAAAACGCCGCGAUCGGAGGCGUGAUCGUGAGCGGCGAGACAGAAGGCAGGAAAGCCGCCGUCGAAAACCAGCAGCUGGAAAAGCCGGCAAAGCUGAGGAGACAAGGCAGACUGCAAUCCCUGCUGUGAAAGAGACUGUUCGAGAGACGGAACCAGAGUCACAAGCAAAAGCUGCGCCGGACUCAGCUGCGAGCCGGAAAGGUUUUGCGAAGAAGUCCUCGGCUCCUGCGCCACCAGCAACUACACUUGCCUCGGCGGCACCUGCUUCCCCCACAGCCACAGCGGCCCCGGUGGCACCUGUAGCCACGCACAUGGGCCGACCCGCUCCGGGUCCACCUAGCGGACCCGGCCGGCCUCGGCCGAUCCUCGCGCCGCCACCUGGUGACUUCGCACCAGGUCCUCGGCCGCUCGCACGUCCGCUGGCUCCACCACCCGGGUCCUGGUCGCCUUCUUUUCCGAAGAGGCCUGCGGCGAAGGCUGGCCAGGCGCCCCCGGCGGUCCCAAAGAUGGCGACGCCAGCCUUUAACCGCAAGCCUGCCAAAGGCGGCAAAGAGAAAGAAGAUACCAGCACCUGUCCGGUGUUGGAUGUCGGUCCCGAAAACUCCUCAUCCUACACUUCCUCCGAGCUCUCCGAGAGCGAAGAGGUUGCUUUGCCUUUACCCCCCUCGGCGAAGGCACCAGUUGCAGUGGCCAAGCCGCCGGCUGUUGUCAAGAAGGUGGAGAGCAGCAGCAGUGAGGUGAGCAGCUCCGAUUCGGGAGCUGAAGUUCCUGCACCCGCUCCCGGAGGACUGAGGCUUUCCCCGUCCAUUUCGCCAGCAAGACUGCGAGAGGCGAUGGCUGGCAAACGAAAUGUCGAUGCAGCCAUUCUGGAUCGCUAUCAUCAGGUGUUUUGCAGUUGA